UUCGGCUGCCUCAAAAUGGAUCCAAACGAUCCAGACUUCCUCUACUUGGGGGUGGAUAAAAACAAGUUGCUGAAGGAGGCCGAGGCCAGUGGACUGGAUUCGAAAAGUCUAUGCUGGGUUGAUGAUGAAAAAGAGGGUUUCGUAUUGGCAGACAUCGUCGAAACCAUUGGUGACAAGGUCUCGGUCAAGAAAAAGGAUGGAUCUGAAUUAAAAAUAGCAAAAGAUGACGUUCAGCAGCUGAAUCCUCCCAAGUUCUUUUUGAUUGAAGAUAUGGCCAAUUUAACCUUUCUCAACGAUGCAUCUGUCCUCGAGAAUCUACGAGCCCGAUACUACAGAAACCUGAUUUACGUAAGUUGA